AUGGCGGGCAAUGGCGUCGACGAUGUUCAGUACCUCGCGCCUCCGGCCGUGGCAGCCUUACGGCAGGAGGCUCGAGCGAUCGACUCGAGAUUCUCUCCUUCUCGCUCCCCAAGCCUCGACGAUAUGCGGGAAGAACGGGAGGAGCUGAAGGAAGCGGCAGAACAAACCCUCAACGUCAUUGUCGACCUUGGCCUCGAUGGCCGUAUCAAAUGGGUCAGCCCGUCAUGGAAGCAGGUCGUGGGAACCUCCCCGGAGUCGAUAGAAGGACGGAUGAUCUCCGACCUGCUGGUCGGCAACAAGAAUGUCUUCCACGACACGAUAGAGAGCAUGAAGGAGAACGAUUCUUACAGCCGCUUCAUUCGGUUUGCCGUCCGGUUAGGACCUGACUCGGUUCUGAAAUAUUCGCCAGAGCCGCCUGUCACGGAAUCGAUCGCAGAAGAGACAGGAGAGACUCAAGGGUUGGAGGCUCGAGAAGAGGCCCCUGAGCAGGAAGCGAACCGCCAGGAUGUCCUUCAUAUGGAAGGGCAAGGAAUCAUGGUGUUUGACCGUACGGCUGAUGGGACAGGUCAUACGAUGUGGAUGCUGCGACCGUUCACGGAACCCAGGGAAAUCACGAUCGACCUCCCUCCUUUGUUGGUAGAGUCCCUUGGUGUUGGUGCGGAAGUGUUGGCAAACUACUUGACGACCUUGGCGGAGGCUGCGGCCAGUGAACCGGAUCCCUCCAAACACCCGGCCCCAAACCCGGUACUGUGUCGCAUCUGUGAACGUCAGAUCACACCGUGGUGGUUUGAGAAGCAUUCCGAUCUAUGUCUUCAAGAACAUCGUGCUGAAAUGGAUGUUCAGAUUGCCCAGGAGAAUCUGAAUGAGCAUCGCCAUGCAAUUGUCCGGGUGCUCGAUGCGCUAGAGGCAAGGCAGGGUAGGCCGCUGGUCCUUGGAGAAAGUGCAACACCCCCACCGGUUCAACCAGAGUACAAAGGACUGCCCAUAGGGCCAUCUCCAAUGGCAUCAGCUCCCUCAUCUGGGUCUGCAUCUAGCGCCAACUCUGCUCCUGGAACGCCCCCUAGGUCAAGAGAUCAUUCAGCCUCGGGUAUCGGACACGCUAGAGCACGGUCAUUCGCCGUACGGCGCCCGUUGGCUCGAAUUGUCGAGUUGAUCCUUGACCUGUGCGACACGGCCCUAGAAAUCAACAUGCCCAUGAUAAAGGAGUCUUCUCGAGCCGAUAGUAGUGAUGACUUCCGUACUCUGUCUCCCCAAUCAGAAUCGCGCAUCUCACAAGUCAUUCAAUGGCAAUCACCUAGUUCGAAUACUCUCGAGCAGGAACAGGGUCUGGCUGCCCUUUGCACGGAUACAGAGCAGGUUGCGAAGGCGAAAGUGGAUGCUGUGAUUCGACAUAGGAGAAUAGUGGAGUACGCCGAGCGUAUUCGUAUCGAGUACACCAUUCUGGUAGAAGAGUGUAUCACUGCAGCACUCAGCAAAGCUGAGCGCAUCGCUGCCGGUCAGCUCAGCGACUCUAGCACCUCUGACGAUGAUGCUCCGCCCGAGAUUAAUCCUGCGGUUACUGCAGCUAGUCCCAUUCUGUACGCCAAACGGGAAGCGACAGUACCAGGCCCCAUGUCUGCCCUCACGAUGUCCAUGCGAAACUCCCCAGAUCGGUUCCAGUCGUCGCAGUCGGAAGGCAAAUCCUCAGCCGCCUCGGUUGCCAUCUCCACUGGAUCGAACAGCCCCAUGGAAUGCCCCACGCCCCGUUCACACAAAAGCAUUGCUGGUGUGCUAGGAACGUCACAGCCCUCUCGACGAGGAUUGUCGCUGCUUGAACUUGAUGCAGGUGAAAACAGUGACGGCAGUAUCCCAUCUUCCAUUUUUCCCGGUACCAUGCGGACUGAUUCGCCAUCUUCGGAUCGAAGUCUGGAGAGGAAGCGUCGAAGUUUGGUGCUCCCUGGGCUUUCGAGUUCUCCCCGCCGGCAACAUUCGCCUGCGAGAGUUUCUGGUCCUCAUUCGCCGCUGCGAAUGCCUAGAGCGCGUCUCUCUAGCGGUGCUGAUAGCCUACCAUCGCCAAUAGUGUCGCCAUCGGCCAAUGCAAAUGAGUUGGCGCAACUCCAUUAUCGUCACCAUCGUCGACAAUCGUCGGCAACGUCGUCUGAUGUUGCCAAACCGCCCGUGUCGCCACACCUGUCCUCCGUUAGCCAACCUCAGCCACGACCAGCUCCGCUCUCAAUCAAAGAUUUCGAGAUCAUCAAGCCUAUCAGCAAAGGUGCGUUUGGUAGUGUGUACCUGUCGAAGAAGAAGGCAACUGGAGAAUAUUUCGCGAUCAAAGUGUUGAAGAAGGCGGACAUGGUUGCCAAAAACCAAGUAACCAAUGUGAAGGCGGAACGUGCAAUCAUGAUGUGGCAGGGCGAGAGUGAUUUUGUCGCUAAGCUCUACUGGACAUUCUCCAGUAAAGACUAUCUCUACCUGGUAAUGGAGUAUCUCAACGGAGGCGACUGUGCUUCGCUUGUUAAAGUGUUGGGCGGAUUGCCCGAGGAUUGGGCCAAAAGGUACAUCGCUGAAGUAGUCCUCGGCGUGGAGCAUCUUCAUGGCAGGGGCAUCGUGCAUCGCGAUCUCAAACCUGACAAUCUUCUGAUUGAUCAGACGGGUCAUCUCAAGCUGACCGACUUUGGGUUGUCCCGCAUGGGACUCGUUGGGCGUCAAAAGCGUGUGCUGAAGAGCAUGAACCACGAGCCGGCGCCCGAUCUACUCAAACAAGGAUCGCUCCCUCGAACGACAUCAAUCACAUCCUCGCGCUCGGCAUCUUUUGAUUUUCAAGGCGGUGCUUCGCCAGGCUCGACCCCUUUGAUUACGCCCGAUGCGGCGGGCAGUAUGCCUCAACCAUCCUAUUUCAACCUCAAUCAAAACGGACCCAGCCGGCAAAAUUCACGGCGAGCGUCAGGGUAUCGAAGCGACAGCGGAGCUAGCGAGAGUCUUAAUGCAAUCUUCAAGCAACUAUCCCUCCACGAGGGCGGUGAAACCCAGGGCUCGAUGCCAGUUCCUGUACCCACAGCCAACCACACGCUGGAGGAGGAGAGCCAGAGUGAGGCAGGGGAGUCUCCUCACUUAUUCCCUUUCCAGCCAACUCUGAGCAACUCAUUUUCAUAUAGCACUCCACCUCAACAGUCAAUGAUGCCCCCCCUAAUGGCACUCUUCGAUCCCGAAGAUCACAAUCGACGUUUCGUGGGUACUCCAGAUUACUUGGCUCCGGAGACUAUCAACGGCGUCGGUCAAGAUGAGAUGAGUGACUGGUGGUCUUUGGGCUGCAUCAUGUUUGAGUUUCUAUUUGGGUAUCCACCGUUCAAUGCGGCAACUCCGGACGAAGUCUUCGAUAACAUACUUCACCGUAGGAUCAAUUGGCCCGAGGAAGCUGAAGAGUUGGCAUCAGACGAAGCGAUUGAUCUGAUGAACAAGUUGAUGACCAUCAAUCCUCGAGAGCGUAUUGGUGCUAAUGUUGAGGAGAAAUAUCCAAACGGUGGGGCCGAGAUUCGCAGCCACGGAUGGUUUUCUGAUAUCAACUGGGAUACCUUGUUAGAGGACAAAGCGCAGUUCGUGCCAAAUAUCGAGAAUCCAGAAGACACGGAGUAUUUCGAUACUCGGGGCGCUACUCUUCAGGCCUUUACCGAAGAGACUGAGGAUGGGACGACUCCUCCACAGCCGGUAACUGCCGGGCCUUAUCCUCAAGAUCGGCCACAUGAUGCAUUAUUCAAGGUGCGCUCUCAAGUUAACGCAAUGAAGCGGCCUUUGAUGCCCCUCCACAUUCCACCUCAUGUGCGAGAAUCACGGAGCAGGAGGCUGAGCGAGCCUGCCCCUGCCGACGACUUCGGCAGUUUCUCUUUCAAGAACCUUCCCAUGCUCGAGAAAGCCAAUAAAGACGUAAUCCAAAAAUUGCGCCAAGAGGCGAUGCAGGCACAGCAACGCCAUCCGUCAUCCGCUGGUGCUCAGCCAUCCCAACCCCAAGGACAAGAACCAGCUGCACCCGCUCCCGCGCCCUCUCUCGAGGGAAGUCCAUUGCCAAUGUCUUUGCAGCGGACUCUCUCUCAGAACAAGGGCAACAACAGACCAUCAUCUCCUUCGGCCCUAAGUCAGGCCAACUCAUCGCCCAGUCGCCCCUCCCAACCUUCGUCCCCAUUACUUGUCCAGUUCAGUACAGGUCACAACCACGAGCGCAGGAAAACCUCAGGAUCGUCAUCUUCUCAGUCUACCGGCUCUUUACAAACAACGACAGCAGAUCCGAGUCGUAUGACAAGCCUCAAGUUUGGUUCGACUGCGUCAUCACCAAUUAAGACCACGCGGGCUACAGGAAACUCUCCCGACAAAACCCCCUCAGGACAACGUCACGGCAGUGCCCCCGCAUCACGAACAAGGUCACAAACUAUUGGCUCUCAGGAUGGCGAUCUUUCAUCGUCGUUGGCAAAGGAGACCUACGUGGGAACUCAUCACAAACGCCGGAGUCAGUUAUUUGAUGUUUCUCCUUCCUCUUCGGACAACGAAGAUCCUCGAACGAAAGCCUUACUCAAAGUCCAGCGGCGCCGCCAAAGCUCAAGGAGACUCUCUCAGAUCAACUUUCCUGAGGGUCCCUUCUUCCGGCCUCUGGACGUGCUCAUCUGUGAGGAUCAUCCCGUCUCUCGACUUGUCAUGGAACGUCUUUUCGAAAAGCUUCGAUGUCGCACAAUCACGGCUGUCAAUGGUGCGGAGGCUAUGCGUUACGCCCUGAGUGAUAUCCAGUUCGAUAUCAUCAUGACAGAGUUCAAACUACCGCAAGUCAACGGUGCAGAUGUUGCGCGCAUGGUACGCGAGACGCGCAGUGCAAAUCGACAUACACCUAUCAUUGCAGUCACAGGCUAUCUCAAAGACCUACCAGAAACACACCAUUUUGACUCGCUAAUACAGAAACCUCCUACGACAACGAAGUUGACUGAGGCGCUGUGUAAAUUUUGUCAGUGGAAACCACCUCCAAAGGAUUACAAUCCCCUGUCAAUGCCUGCACCAGUUAUGCUCCGCCAACCUUCGAGUCAAGUUGAGCAUAGCCCGAGUUCGACGGCAUCCUCUGGCUUUGUGCAUGUUCCCUCCAGCUCAUAUCGAGGGUCUAGUCGCGAGGACUCUAUCGGUAGUAGUUAUUUUGGUGAUAUGGAGUCUGUCAAGACCGAUGAUGUUCCUGUGAUUGUGAGUCGGAACAACGACGAAUGGACCCCUAGCAAAGGCGGACUUGGCAUAACUGAAGAGUCGAAUAAGACCAGAAGAAGCACAGAUGCUGGCUAUGGGAGCGGUCCCGAGGCAGUUCCUUUCCCCAGCCUGCUUCACUCGGAUUCGGCCCCAGCAACGGUCCCCUCGGGGGCGCCUACGACCCCCCACAAACAACGAUCUAGCGAGGCAAUUCGUGCCAAGAGAGAGUCGUUGGAAAGGAAGCGGCAUGAAUGUGGCGAAUCCGGCGAUGACGAGGAUGAAGAGCUAGGCAAUACCCCCUCGCGAACUUGCAGUCCGCGUCACCGAACCCAUCGACCGGGUUCCAAGUUGGGCAUAGAGAUGAUGAGGACGAACAGUCGAGGAAGCGUCGUCAGCGGCAGUGAAGAGCUUCUCAAAAAAGAGAGAGAGUCUCUGGAAAGGCGCAAAAGUGGCGGUUCUUCCGGUAUCAGUGAUUCCGAAGAGCACGGUGGCCUUCUCCCUUUCACUAUGGAGAGGAAGUACGAGGGCCUGCAUAUUCCCGAGGAGGCGAUCAUCAGCACUGUGGAAGAAGAGGAAGAAGAGGAAUAUAGCCCUAAGCACUCUCCAACGCGAGAGCUAGGCUUUAGGAUGGACCCACCUGCCAUUUUCUUGGACGAAUCGUCUCCACCUGACACUAGGUCUGCGCCUGGUAUUUUCCACCAGCCCAGCGUUGAGCCUUUCAAAAAAGGGCAUAUCACGCCUCCGAUCGUCUUUCCGAAGAGCAAUCUUGAUCUGGCGCCUGUGGAAGACGAUUUCGACACUCCCCGCUCCAAAAUAAGCGAAACCUCCUGUGCUGCAGACUUAUCCCCCGAUGCAUCUGUCGAUCAGAUUACAGACGCCGAAGCAACACCUCGGCCUUUGCCUACCCCCUUGCCCAGCUUCUACUCUGGCACUACUCACGACGAGCCUCAACGAUAG